AUGGGCGUCCGUGAAGAUAAGUGGAAAUGGGUUGGGAAGGUUUUGGGACCGACAGACUGGUUCUCCCUGUUCCUCGGUUACUCACCCCAGAAGGAAGUUAAAUUGCUUGGAAUUACUUUGAACAAUCUGCUUGAUUUUAAAUCUCAGAUUUUGAAUAAAAUCAAUAAAGCAAGAAAAGCUGUUGGCGCUAUUUGGCAUCUUGGAGGCGUGCAAAAAGGUAUGCGAGGGUCUGCAGUCAGAUCACUGUAUAUUGCUUGCGUGAGACCAAUUGUUGAAUAUGGCUUAGAAAUUUGGCAUCAUAAAAUCUUGAAAGGAGAAAUCCACAAGUUGGAAGUAAUGCAGAACAUGGCUUUAAGAAGAAUUGUUGGUGCUUAUCGCACAACUCCUAUUGCGGUAUUACAAAAGGAAGCUGGUAUAAUGCCAUAUAGUAUUAGGCUAAAAUUUAUGGUGGCACGAAAAGCUAUUCGUUUACACCUAAAUAUUAGCAAAACUAAUCCUAUUAAUGGUCAUUUGUUAACAUUGAUUGAGAAAUCUCCAAUUGCAAAGCUAACCACGCUUUACAUAUUGGCGAAAGAUGAUAGAGACUACAUGAUUAAAAAGGAUGAAAAACGAAAAUGCAAGAGGGUUGAACCUCUUACACUGAAACAACAACAGAAUCAGACGAUUGGAAUUUUGAAGAAACAAGCAAUGGAAGAAUGGCAGGAAAUGUAUUGGAACAGCAGUAAGGAUCUGUGGUAUCAUAAUAUCACAGUGGAGUCGAAAUGUACUGAUAAUCUUUCCAAAAUGGUUACGGGAGUGAUCAUGAAGAAAGAUAGUCGAAGGAUCUUGAGUAAUAUUACUCAGUUUCGCACAGGCCAUGGCAACUUUGGCGCAUGGUUUAAAAAGUUUGGAAUUGAAAAGGAUAGUUACAACUGCAAAUGUGGAGAGCUGGAAACAGUUCAUCACAUUUUAGUUGAGUGUCCUUUGCUUGAAGAGGAAAGAAAAGGACUGAAACGGAUAUCUCCAGAGAUGGACAUGUCGACUCUCUUAAACAGUUUAACUGGCCUACAAGAGAUUGUAAGCUUUAUCUCUGCUUGGAGGGAUUAA